AUGGCUGCUCCUGGUCUCACACUGUCCCUGCUCGUGCUGCUGAUCGCCAGCAUCAGUCUCAGUCAAGCUUUUCGUGGACCUGGGCCAAAGAGAUGCUGCUUCAGAUUCACAAAACCUGUUGAUGAGAGUAAAGUGACGGGCUACACGUGGACUCAUCAGCAGUGCCCCAAUGCUGCUGUGCUGCUGAAAAUGAAGAAUGGCCAUGUGUGUGCCAACCCCUCUGAGCACUGGGUGAAAGAGCUGAUCCGGCGUCUUGACUCCUAA